AUGUCCCUAGCCACUUCUCAAACAUCAGACCCUCCCAAACCAAUCCAAAGUCCUUAUUUAAGAGAGAAUGCAAGUCCUGAAACCUGGCAAGCCCUAGAGCAACUAUCCCAACUUCCUGAGCCACAGAUUAACUUAGAGUCUUUGCCUGCUGGUGGGGUGGCAGCUGUCCUGGUUCUACUGCAUCUGGCUCCAGGAACAGGAGAUCUGGCAGUCACACUCACCACCCGCUCCCAGCGCCUCAGGUCACAUCCAGGAGAUACUGCUUUACCUGGUGGACGUGUGGACCCCUCAGAUGAAAAUGUGAUCUCUGCUGCACUUAGAGAGGCCAAUGAAGAGAUUGGAUUGCCAAUAAAAGACCUGUCAGACUAUGGAUAUCUUGGAACCAUGGACCCAUUCCUAUCCAGAAACCUCUUAGUAGUUUAUCCAGUCCUUUACAUAUACCUUCAGUCCCCUGAAAGCUUGCUUAGAAAUCUCAAAGCCAAUGAGGAUGAAGUCUCUGAAAUCUUUCAUCUUCCACUCCAAAGCAUAGUACAAGCCUCCUCCCAGCAAGACUCUAUUUCCACCACCCCAGAUAACCUCAACCUGUUGUAUUCAUCCAGGGAUCUCAAAUGGAUCCACGGUACUCCCUAUAGAUGGCACUCAUUCAGUAGUCCUAGAUUACCCUCCCCAUUGACUGGCAUGACUGCAGACAUCCUCCUCUCAGUAGUCACCCUUGCUUACAGGAUCCCUAACCCCUCCUUUGGUUCAGUCAAGGCUCCUGGCCAAGAGGAGUGGAAAACUCUGGUUGACUGGGCUUUGGCUGGGGAAGGAGGUGGUCAAGGUGAUCAGCAUAGUAUCAUACGCAAGCCUAGAGCCACUGUUUAA